AUGAGGAAACCCGGCAAUGAUAUAUCGAAGCUAGGCGUGAAAGGAAAAAAUAAUUUGGAUGUUUCGAAUUGCAUACCCUCGACAACUACGACGCAGACAUGGACGACAGCUACACCGCGAAGGACUUCGCCGCCAAGCAUGACUACAGAAUCUGAGACCUCCACUCCUGAUUGUUUGGUGUGGGACUGGUAUAGGGGCUAUGUUCCCUGUUCGUGGAUGACCACGGAGAGUGCAUCCACGGAUGCAUCCACGGACAGUACAACCUCACAAUACUCCACCGUUUCCACCGAUUGUUGGGAGUAUGAUUGGACUAGGGGCUAUAAUGUUCCCUGUUCCUAUACGGGCCAACCUAAACUACAAGCUGAAAGUGAACCAAAACAACAAGCUGCCCAUUCCGGCUCGCUUUUGGAAACUCCAACCUUAAAUCAAUGUUCAUGCACUGAUAAAAAUAUCUGGCUUGAUGUCUACUUUCUCAUGGAUUCAUCGCAAGCUAUGACGAGAAACGGAUUUGAUGAGGCCACAUCGUUCGCUCAAUCUGUGCUUUAUAAGCUUAACAUUGGACAAGGAAAUGGCCAGCAAACUCGUGCUGGCUUCAUAUCCUACUCGGCCAACGCGAAUAAGAACUACGAUUUGACCGCCUUUCAAUCAUCAGACGACAUGAUUAAUAAAUUUAACAUCAAUUACGAUGGCAACAGAGGAACAAAUAUUGAAGCAGCCAUCAAAUUAGCUGCUGAAAGUUUUGAAACAUCAUCGCAUCGAAGUAACGUGCAGAAAGUUAUUGUUAUAGUUGCUUCAGCUUAUGAAAGCGGAAAGUACAACGAUCCAACAGAAAUCGCGAAAACAUUCAUUGAGGACGGUGGUUUCAUCAUUACCGUAGAAUAUCUACAAGAGCACGGUAAUCCGGUGCCUUUAUUGGACAAACUCUCUAGCGGACCCGAAUACUCGUUCACAAAUCGUUACGGAAAUCUCACAGCCGAGCAACUACGACAAGCUUUCUGCAGAAUCAACUGCUUCUGCCCCACAAACUAUCUGCCCUACACUCAAGGUGAUGUUGUACCUGUCGGUGGCUGCUAUAGACCCGUUCCAAUAUCUGCUAUUCAGGCUCUAGCUGCCAAGAAUUGCCGACAACAUCAUAAUGCUAUUCUUGCUAAAGUUGAAAGCAGGGAUAAGUCAACAUUCCUGAGUACAAUGUUUCCAUCAAAAACAAAGUUCUGGAUUGGUUUGAAGAACGUAGAUGGGUACUAUCAAUGGGCUGAUGGAACAUGCCUCCAAAACUCUGACUUCCAAAUGUGGGCACCUGGAUAUCCGAAUAUUAAUGCCGGUGAUUGCGUCUAUACGUACCAGUAUUCCGGAUUUAGUUCCGGAUGGUUUAACGACGAUUGCAGUGAUGAUCAGAACUACGUAUGCCAGAGUGUACCGUGCAGCGCCGACAACUACUGCGCUACUAGAGAUUAG